AGCGGAAGUCCCCUGUCCGGUCCAACAUGGCGCUGGUCUGCUGUGUGUCUUUGACCCGGUUCUGGUCCUGCUCUCUGAGGACAAACACCAGAACCACCGGCCUCUACUCUCCUUAUGUGUCCUGUCAGUCCAGGCCGGCCCUGUGCAGACACUACUCUUCGUCCAACGUUAGACGAGGUCUUGGUCGAUACAUCUCCUCCAGGCUCCAGAAGGUCAACACCAGAUAUGAAGGUUUCCUCAGACGGCGGUUUCCACGCUUCUAUCAGCUCUACCACACCUUUGUGGAAGGAUUCAAGCUGCUGUUCCGCGAUGCCAAAGAGGUGCAGAGGAUCAAAUCCAGGAUGUUCUCUGACGGAGUGCAGUUCAAGGAUUUAUCCUACAGAGAGAUGGAGAAGCUCCGACAGUUUCGUAGAGACGUGCUGAAGGCCGUCCCGCUGGUGGUCAUAUCCAUCCCUCCCUUCGCCAACUACCUGGUGUUCCUCCUGAUGUACUUCUUCCCCCGCCAGCUCCUCAUCCCUCAUUUCUGGACUCCCAAGCAACAGCUGGAGUUUCGGGCGUUGUACCAUUCCCUCCGGGCCCGGCACCACCGGCCGGUGCUCAAAGGGCUCGAGAGCACGAGCCAACGGGUCAAAGACCGCCAGCUCCAGAGUUCCCUCAAGGACUUGUGUGCUAAAGUGCAGAGUGGAGCGACGCCUGAAGUCAGUGAGAUCCUGGCGGUUCGGCGCCUUUUUUCUGGACCUCCUCUGGGUAUACACAGGAUGAGCGUGAAUCAGAUGAGACACGUCAGCCCGCUGCUCUUCCUGACGCCGCGCCUCCCGGGUUUCCUGAUUGGUCGGCGUCUGAACAGCCACGGCCUGGAGCUGCUCCAGUUGGACCGCGCCCUCAGCCGACUCGGCGCUCAUCAGCUGAGUGAGCCCGAACUCCGACAGGCUUGUUAUCUCCGCGGGCUCAAUUCGUCCGGUCUCAGCGUGGGUCAGCACCGUGAGUGGUUGUCUCGCUGGCUCCAGGUGUCCUCCUCUCUCAAAGACUCCGAGGUGUCGCUGCUCCUGCACAGCAUUGUAUUUCUCUCCGCCAACGCCCCGAGCGGCGCUGGCCGACACUGAUAGGAAGCCGGCAGCGAUCUGCUUUUUGCGAUUAAGUGCAGCGCGACUUCCUGAGAGUUGUCAACUUCUCCUUUUUCCCCGCAGAAGAAACAUUUUAAAACUGUUCUUGGCAAAGAUUACGAGAUUUAAGAAAACAAAGAAAUGUCUUAGCCCCCCCAAAACACAAAGUAGGUUUACAGAAAAGAAAAGGAUCCUGCCUUAGAACUGUCCUAUUCGCCAAGUCCACACUCUGUUUACAGGAUUUCAUUUGGAAGGUUAUGUUGAAUGUAUUGUGUCUUUAUCAGGGCAGAGGUCUGGGAUUCUACUCUUUACACUUAGUUCUCAUCUCCCGUCACGAGGGACCGGAAUAAAUUCUGAUGCACUGAACUGUUGUUGAGGUAAUGUGGUGAUUACCUAUCACUGUAUAUCUAAAGCUUGUUACCAUGGUUACGCUCAGGCUCGUCUUUUGUUUACUUGGAAGCCAACACAUCAUUACACACCCCCACGGAGCCGAGCGAACGGGGAACAAAGAGGACGCUGUUUAGUUAAAGUUCAGCAGCACUUUGUGAGCUGUUAAUAUUUGCCUGGUUCACAUCAAACACACCCUGUAGCUCCUCUUACAUUCACCUCACUUUGACCUACGCUCUCACCUGGUUACCAUGGUUACCAUGACGAACGCUGGUCAGAGUCAACCGUCUUCAAGGAAGGACAAUCAGUAGAUCACACACAGAGGAACCGUCUAGAAGGAAAACAUGUUGACGGAUCUUCAAUAGAGAUCAGAAAAUAGCCCAGUUAUUAUUAGAGCCCGGGCAGCGACAGCGUCGGCCAGCGAAGGCCCCGUUCAAACUGAAGUGUUCUUCUUUUUCUUAAAAUGAAUCGCCUUUUUGACGACCUUAACAUGCUCAAAAAGCUGUAAAACUUGGCACACUUCCCAGACGAGGUGAAAAAUUAGAUAUUUUAAGGGUUCCGGGCUCAAGGUUUGCAAAAUGACUCGCUAGCGCCCCCUAGCAAAUUGGAAAAAUGAAGCCCCUCCUUCCGGUUUCACCUACAUGUAUGACAUUUGUCAGACAGAUGUAACAUGUGGAGACGCACCAAAAAGCCUCUUGGAGGUAUGCCCAAAAC